AUGGCAUCCUUCACCAACAUAACCUACACCGACACUGAGCAAGCAGAAAUAAACCAAUGGCUCACCACCUCCUCCCGCCUGCAAUCCAAUCCCUCCGAAACCACUCUCCUCGAAACACUUAACACGCACCUCUCGUCCCGCACCACACUGCUCGGCACCAAACCGUCAAAAGCUGACGUCGCGCUGUACGAGAGCCUCGCCCCAGCAGUUUCACAAUGGACUCUCGAGCAGCGGACUGGAGAGCAAGGGCUGCCAAAUAUUGUCAGGCACUUGGACUUUGUGCAGAACUCUCCGCUCUUUGGACUAAAAGAGAAAAAGCUGCUUGUUGAUCCAGAGCAGAUUUUGUACGUGAAGCCGAUGGUUGAUGCCAAGGCUGAGAAGGAGCGGUUGAAGAAGGAGAAGGCAGCCGCUGCCGCAGGCGCUGGAGGGGAGACGGUUUUAGCGGAUCGGAGUAACAAGGGGAAGAGCGUUGGUGAGAAGGUGAAGGAGAAGGCGGGAGAGGUGAAGGAUAAGGUUGUCGCUGCUGUUGGGAGUGAGGGUGCUGGUGAGCAGCAGCAAAAGAAGAAGGAGAAGAAGGAGAAGGCUCCGAAGCCGCAGAAGGCCCCGGCUGCUGCAGCGUCUUUGAGUCCUUGUCUUAUUGAUCUCAGGGUUGGACAUGUCCUGAAGGCUAUCAAGCAUCCGGAGGCGGAUUCGCUGUUUGUUUCUACGAUUGCAAUGGGUGACAAGGAGGGGACGGACGAUACGGAUGUGUAUGAGGGACAGGUUGUUAGGACCGUGUGCUCGGGCCUUAAUGGUCUGGUCCCUUUGGAGGAGAUGCAGGGCCGCUAUGUGGUGGUUGUUUGCAACUUGAAGCCGGUGAAGAUGCGGGGCAUUAAGAGUUGUGCCAUGGUUCUUGCGGCAUCACCACGCUUGAAGGAAGGAGAGGAGGAUCAUCACGCAGGACCUGUGGAGCUGGUGACGCCACCUGAGGGAAGCAAGGCUGGUGAGAGAGUGUUCUUUGAGGGAUGGAAGGGAGAAUCUGAAGGUGUCUUGAAUCCUAAAAAGAAGGUCUGGGAGACGAUUCAGCCCGGCUUUACCACGACGGCGGAUUUGGCGGUGGGCUUUGAUGCUGGUGUUGUCAAGGAGUUGAGUAAGGAGGGCGAGGAGCCUAAGACAGGCGUAGGAAAGCUAGUUACCGAGAGUGGUGGCGUUUGUAAGGUCAAAAGCUUGACUGGAGCUGUUGUCAGGUAG